UUUAACUUCUCUGUUUUGUGGUCAAAAUUACAAGUAUCCAGGAGUCUAAGUUAGUAGCUCCUUGACAAAUCAACUCUAAUCAUUAUGUGGUAAGAAGAGAUAUCCAAAUGUUCUCUUCCUCCGUGGUCCUCAGUUUGACAAAUCUUCUUUUUUGAAGUAAAAAUUAAUUAGCCCUUUAAAUUUUAUCAUGACUAUUUCCUAGUCUACAGCCUCUAUUAUUGCCGGAUGGAGAAGAUUAUAUAUGUUUUGCAUAGUGAGUAGUACUUUUAGUAUCCUGUGCAGCUUAUGAGUUUCUAAGAACCUCAGGUAUUCUACUUGUUUACAACACUCUAGCAAAGAAGAUGGCAAUCUCUAGCACCGAUGAUUUUCAGACCACAAUUCAGAAAAGUUAUGACAAAAUGAGUGAGUUAAAAGCCUUUGAUGAUACAAAGGCAGGUAUCAAAGGACUUGUUGAUGCUGGAAUCACUAAGGUGCCUCGAAUAUUCAUGCUACCACCAAAAGACAGACUGGAGUCCUCGGAUACAUGUGAAACACAGUUCAUUUUUCCAGUGAUAGACCUUGAAGGCAUUUCUAAGGAUCCAAUCAAGCAUAAAGAGAUUGUGGACAAAGUUCGAGAUGCGUCAGAAACAUGGGGUUUCUUCCAAGUGGUUAAUCAUGGCAUUCCAGUAUCUGUCCUGGAAGAAAUGUUACAAGGAACACGAAGGUUUUUUGAGCAAGAUAUUGAGGUUAAGAAUCAGUAUUACACUCGAGAUAUCACGAAAAAGGUGGUUCAUUCUUGCAAUUUUGAUUUGUAUAGCCCUUCUGUUCCAGCUGCAAAUUGGAGAGACACACUUUCCUGUUUAAUGGCUCCUAAUCCUCCUAGUCCAGAAGAAUUUCCAGCAGCAUGCAGGGAAAUACUAAUAGAGUUCUCUGAUCAUAUCAUGAAAUUGGGAAAAUCUGUGUUUGAAUUAUUGUCCGAGGGUCUAGGUCUCAAUCCAUCUCAUCUCAAUGAUAUCGGUUGCGCUGAGGGACUCGCUGUUUUGGGCCAUUACUAUCCAGCAUGUCCUCAGCCAGAACUCACCAUGGGCACCAGUAAGCAUUCUGACAAUGGUUUUAUCACCGUGCUUCUACAAGAUCAUAUCGGAGGACUUCAAGUGCUUCACCAGAAUCAGUGGGUUGAUGUUCCUCCUACGCCUGGUGCUAUUGUCGUGAACAUUGGAGAUCUUCUACAGCUCAUAUCAAAUGACAAGUACAUAAGUGUUGAACACAGAGUAUUGACAAAUAAACUAAGUUCAAGAAUAUCAGUUGCAUGCUUCUUUGGUACAGGUCCAUUGCCAUCUUCCAAUUUUUAUGGACCAAUUACUGAAUUGUUGUCAGAAGAUAAUCCUCCAAAAUAUCGUGUGACCACAGUGAACGACUACACUGGUUAUUUCAGUAAAAAGGGUCUAGAUGGAACUUCUGCACUGUUGCAUUACAAGAUCUAAUCAUAGUAGUGUAACGAUUGAAUAUAUGAUGAAAACUGAGACUUUAACUUUUGAUGUAUCUUAUGCUGAAGCUUCAUAGAUGGUGAAACAUGACCUGUAUCAAUAUGUGAUGGAAAAUUUAUGUA